CCGGCGCGUUUAAACAGCAGAAAGUUGGCUCAAGGAAUAAAGAGUAUAACCACAGUCAUCAUACGUGUUGUCUUCCAAGGGGAACUUUAGGAUUUAUUUUCAAGCCGGCUACGGCAAAGAUCGUGUGGCUGUGCUGAGCUUCCUUUCUGCUUUUCCUCUAUUCUCCGGCAGACCGCGUUUCUGUUUCUGAUGCGUGAUUGGAAAGAUAUACGCUUUCGUACCUCACACAGCUUGUUCUCUCUGCAAGGUAGCCAGUAACAUGCUGGGAGGUCAGAUAGCCCACUGUCUCUACUAGUCCUACUCCAACUACAAAGACCACGUGUCUCCUUCUCCGCUGGUGGAUCAUUAGGUCGGGCUAUUCUGAGAGGGGAUCCAGAGCGACUGACGGGAGGAGGAGAGUCUGAUGGAGGAGCAGCUCAGCCACUGCAGUGAGAAACAUCCGGUCUUCAUAAAAGGCAAAAGAAGGAAAAGCAAGCCAAAACCUCGGCACACUGAUGACCUAAAAAUAACCCACCCAACACCAACAAGUACAGAUAAACCAGUUGUGAUCCCUCUGGAAAAGACUUUUACCACUAUGAAGCAAGCCAGAAGACACCAGCGCACCGAUAGUGGGGACAGAAGCUUUAGAUGUAAUUGUUGUGGAAAGUCUUUUACUCAUAAUAGCAGCUUAAAAAGACAUCAUCUCAUCCAUGCUGAAGUCAAACCCUUUAGCUGUGAUCAUUGUGGAAAGUCUUUUUCUCAGCAUCACAGUUUAAAAAAACAUCAGCUCAUCCACAAUGGAUUUAAACCAUUCAGCUGUGAACAGUGUGGAAAGGCUUUCACUUCCAAAAGUAACUUAAAAGGACAUCAGCUCAUCCACACUGGAGUUAAACCAUUCAGUUGUGACCAGUGUGGAAAGUCUUUCACUUCCAAAAGUAACUUAACAGCACAUCAGCUCAUCCACACUGGAUUUAAACCAUUCAGCUAUGACAUUGUUAUCAAUAACCCACUGAUCAAGGUUUUGAUCUCCCAUGCUACAGUUAGCAAACUGCUUGCCAAGUUUCGUGAAACUGGUUCAGUGUUGGAUUUGCCAAAAUGCACACGUGUCUAUGUGUGUGUCGUUACAUCUACACUUAGGUUUUGUUGUUCCAUAACUGCAUGUCACCAUUUUUUGUUCUUUGUUAUCAUAGGGAAAAGAAGGAAAAUCAUGCUGAAAACUCUGCACACUGAUGACAUGAACAAAAACCACACAACGGCAGCGAGUACAGACAAACCAGUUGUGAUUCCUGUGGAAAAGACUUUUAAUACUAUGAAGCAAGCCAGAAGACACCAGCGCACUGAUAGAGGGGACAGAAGCUUUAGAUGUGAUCGUUGUGGAAGGUCUUUUACUCAGAAAAGUCACUUAAAACAACAUCAGCGCAUCCACACUGGAUCUAAACCAUUCAGCUGUGAUCAGUGUGUGGCAUGUCAAGGUGCUGAUUAG